UUUGUUUUGUAACGACUACAUACCAUCUUUCUACCUGUGGUUGGACUCGUUGACCCUGAUACGUUGAAACCCGGUGAUUUGGUUGGGGUCAAUAAAGAUAGCUACUUGUUUUUGGAUACACUCCCGUCUGAAUACGACUCUCGAAUAAAGGCUAUGGAGGUUGAUGAGAAACCAACCGAGGACUAUAAUGACGUUAGUGGCUUGGAAAAGCAGAUCCAAGAACUAGUUGAGGCCAUUGUAUUGCCCAUGACUCAUAAAGAACGGUUUCGAAAGCUAGGCGUUCGUCCACCUAAGGGUGUGCUCUUAUACGGACCUCCUGGCACUGGAAAAACUUUGAUGGCUCGUGCUUGUGCGGCACAAACAAAUGCCACAUUUCUUAAGCUAGCAGGCCCACAACUGGUUCAGAUGUUCAUUGGAGAUGGAGCAAAACUUGUCCGUGAUACCUUUCAGCUCGCAAAAGAAAAAUCUCCUUGCAUCAUUUUUAUAGAUGAAAUUGAUGCAAUUGGUACAAAGCGUUUUGAUAGGUAA